CACCCUUCAAUCAAAUCACUAAUCCCUUACUUUCUAACAAAUUAAGCACCGCCAAAAUGUCCAAACCCAUCGUUCUCCAUCUCGGCGACGACAUUAAAUGGAACCAUGAUCUCUACAAGACCUUUACAUCUCACUUUGAGAUCAAGCGCUCGCACAGCAUGUCCCGCCCAGACUUCAUCAACGCCCUCAAGCAAAAAACAUUUGGUGAUUUCUUCGCUAUCUACAGACCGUUCUGGAACACAGGCGGUGAGAUGGGCAAUUGGGAUGAUGAAUUGAUCUCUCUUCUUCCCGUGUCGUGUAAGAUUUAUGCUAGCGCGGGAGCUGGCUUUGACUGGGUUGAUACAGCUGCACUUGCAAAGCGAGGCAUCACUUAUUGCAACGCAGCAGCAGCUUGCACAGAAUCCGUAGCAGACGCAGCAAUAUGGCUCAUCAUCUCCGUCUUCCGCAACCUCAGCUGGUCCAGCACGGCAGCCCGGUCAGGCGACAAAGACAAAUUCAUCGACGCCAACAAGAAUCUCGCCCCGGUGUCCCGCAACCCAAGCGGCUUCACCCUCGGCAUAAUCGGUUUCGGCCGCAUCGGCCGCCGCAUCGCUGAAAAAGCGUACAAAGCACUCGACAUGAAGAUCAUCUACAACGACAUCGCCCAAAUGCCUUCGUCUAUUGAAACCCCCCUCAACGCGGAGUUUAAAUCAUCAGAUGCUCUCCUCGCUGAAGCAGACUGCGUCGUCGUCGCUACACCCUUCGCCGGCGAAACACUACUUAACAAAGCUGGUUUAUCAAAAAUGAAGCGCGGUGCAAAACUAGUUAAUAUUGCGCGCGGAAAACUCAUUAAUGAAGCGGAUCUCGUUGAAGCGCUUUCUAGCGGUCAUUUAUCAGGUGCUGGACUAGACGUCUUUGAAAAUGAACCGCACAUCAGCCCUGAGCUGUUGAAGAUGAAAAAUGUGGAGUUGCUGUCACACAAUGCGGGUGCGAGUUUGCGAUUCGCAUAUUGGGUUUGAAAAGUUGGGGAUGGAGAAUAUCAUGGAGUUUUGGAAGACGGGCAAGGCGAUAUCGCCGGUUAAUGCUCAUUUGAUCAAGCAGAGCAAGUUGUAAUUCUAGGGUUGAAAAAUGAUAUGUUAGUUUGAAGGAUGGUUGGUUACUCAAUAUGAUACACCUCUGGUUCCCUGCA